AAGGCCGCCCCGCCCCUCAUUGUGCGGCUCCUACUAAACGGAAGGGGCCGGGAGAGGCCGCGUUCAGUCGGAUCCGGGCAGCAGCUGCGGCGGCUCAGGUCUCCAGUAGCUCUUUCUGUCUCCCUUUCGUUUCCGGAAACAUGGCCUCUGGUGUGGCUGUCUCUGAUGGUGUCAUCAAGGUGUUCAAUGACAUGAAAGUUCGCAAGUCUUCAACACCUGAAGAAGUGAAGAAACGCAAGAAGGCGGUGCUCUUUUGCCUGAGUGAGGACAAGAAGAACAUCAUCCUGGAGGAGGGCAAGGAGAUCCUGGUAGGAGAUGUAGGGCAGACUGUAGACGACCCCUAUACCACUUUUGUCAAGAUGCUACCAGACAAGGACUGCCGCUAUGCACUCUAUGAUGCGACUUACGAGACCAAGGAGAGCAAGAAGGAGGACCUGGUGUUCAUCUUCUGGGCCCCCGAGAAUGCACCCCUUAAGAGCAAAAUGAUCUAUGCCAGCUCCAAGGAUGCCAUCAAGAAGAAGCUGACAGGAAUCAAGCAUGAAUUACAAGCUAACUGCUACGAGGAGGUCAAGGACCGCUGCACCCUGGCAGAGAAACUAGGUGGCAGCGCCGUUAUUUCCCUGGAGGGCAAGCCUUUGUGAGCCACCUCCAGCCCCUGCCUGGAACAUCUAGCAGCCCCAGACCUGCUCUUGGGUGUUGCAGGCUGCCCCUUUCCUGCCAGACCGAGGGGCUGGGGGGAUCCCAGCAGGGGGAGGGCUAUCCCUUCACCCCAGUUGCCAAACGUCCCUCCCACCCCCUGGACCGUCCUUCUCCCUCCAUCCCUGACGGUUCUGGCCUUCCCAAACUGCUUUUGAUCUUCUGAUUCCUCUUGGGUUGAAGCAGACCAAGUCCCGUCCAAGGCACCCAGUUUGGGGGGGAGCCUGUUUUUUUUUUUUGUUUGUUUGUUUUGUUUUUUUAACGACACCCCUACUCCUUAUCCCUCUCCAUCCCAUGCUGCCAACUUCUAACCACAAUAGUGACUCUGUGCUUGUCUGUUUAGUUCUGUGUGUAAAUGAAAUGUGGAAAUGACCCUCCCUGCGCCAGCUGGCUGCCCUCCCCUUUCCCUUGAUCUUGGCCACUCCUGGAAGCAGGACCAGUAAGGGACCUUCAAUUUAAAAACAAAAAAAAAACAAAAACCAAUAAAAAGGCUAAUUAACAA